AUGGUCGGGCACAGUCACCAGUCACCCUACACCAUACCUGAUUAUCGAAUUUACAAAGUUUCUGAUGUUCCGACACUUGUGCAACUCCAAAAAGCUCUGGCUGCCAAAGGUUUGAAAGACCCCUGGAUACGUAAUGAAGUGUGGCGCUUUGACGAAAAGGUAUAUAAACCCUUACGUUGGCGCGUUUUGAUGUGCUUAUUCAGAGGAUGGCACGUUGGACUUGGAAUGUUCGCUUUUCACGUGGCUGGGAAUAUAAUUUAUGAUCGGGUGUUUCCGGAUUGUACCCGGAAGAUGUGGUAA